AUGGGACUAGAGGCAGCAGGAGCAAGUUUUGCAGUUUACCACAAUGGUAAACUUGUGGUAGACUUAUGGGGUGGUUUGGCUAACCGAGAUAGCGGUGAACCUUGGACAGAAGACACUAUGUCAGUACUAUUCUCAACCACGAAGAGCUUAUCUGCUACAGUAUUAGCCACUGUUAUGGAUGAAGAGGGAAUCUCAUACGACCGAAAAGUAGCGGAUUUCUGGCCAGAAUUUGCCCAAAAUGGAAAGGAAAACAUUACCAUUCAGAAUGUUGUUUUGCACCAGGCUGGUCUACCGUAUACCAAACAAAUGGUAAGUAGAGAAAAUUUUUCCGAUCGACGAUGGAUGAGCUCUUACUUUGAACGAGCUACACCCGUUUGGAAACCAGGCCAGCAGCAAGGUUACCACGCUUUAACCUUUGGGUAA